ACGAAAGCGAAAGUAGAUUGGAUAUUUUAGAAGUUAAUGUUAAGGUUCAUACUGUGAACAGAGUUUUCAUUUAACAAGUUUUUUGUUAUGUGGAUCUCUUGGGGCACAGAAGAAGACGGAUGAAAGCGUGCGACCCUCCCAUUGGAAUUCCUAGAUGAUAAAAAAUUCUGCAACCAUCACAUGACCAGUGUUGAUGGCACUCGUCCGAUCGUAAGGACAAAAGGGCCUUCGGGACAAGAUUUCUUGACUCCUGAGUCUCCGGGUAUUCUCUCAACACCAUUCAAGUGUGACUGCCUGUGACACUGAAACACGAUAAGCAAUCAAAACAUGCUGAUACUGUCUGGUGGGAGAAAAAUUGGCUGACACCUAGUCAGUGUGUGUCGUCAACCGCCAUUUCACAAUAGCUGUCAAGCUGUCAUCAAAGGCAAGGGAAUGGAGUUAACUCAUAAUUGAUUAAUACUUUUAUGUGGUCUUAAACACAAAAUUGCCAGUUUUCUUUGUUCUUGAUUACAAUAAGAGAUCAAAAACAUUCAUUAUGGCGGCAGUAGUUCAGACACACGAAAGAGAGUGUGCCGUGUGCACGAAUGACUUCACCACACCAAAGAUUCUACCCUGUGGUCAUCUCCUGUGUCUGGAAUGUGUCAUUAGGUGGAUGGACUCAAAACCUGACGCCGGAUGUCCUCUGUGUACAUGCCCCAUAGUAGAGCAUGAUGAUAAUUCAUCUCGAACUUCAGUCACUGUUGCCGACGUCCUGCCUACAGAUCAUGUAAUGGAGGCGAUAGUUGAAAGUGCUCGCGUGCUGGUGACGGAUGACACGUGCUCCGUAUGUGAUGACCUCAAAGCUGAAUACAUCUGUAUGCAAUGUGUGGAAAAGAUGUGUGCAUCGUGUAUGAAGAUGCACAAGAUGUCCAUCAGUCGCAGUCACGAUGUGGAGAGUGUCAGCACUGUGACACCUGAACGUCUGGCUGCCAGCCGCCCUGCACUGUGUGCUGACCACGGCGACAAACCGGCGGAGUUCUUCUGUACUGAUCACGGCCUUAGUAUCUGUGAAUCAUGUAUUUUCAAGAAACAUGGACAAUGUCUUGGAGUAAAAACUUUAAACGAAGAAAUUGAAUCAGCUGAAAGUACACUCAUUCGUUUAACAAAGAUACUAGUUAAGUCGGAGAAGGCUCUGAAAAAGGCUUUAGAUAAGCUUAACAUUCCUCUCCACGACAUUGUUGUCUCCGAAGGACGAAGAAUGGCGCAGGUGGACCAGGAAUUCGAUCGUAUUCAACAGAUGGUGGAGGCUUCUCGUAAAAGAGUAAAGACACUGAUAGGUGAUUCCAGUUUGAAACUCAAGAAUUCUGUAUCUGACCUCAAGAAAGAACUUGACAAACGUUUGGGAAAAGUGGCGUCACACAAACAUCUCGUGGCGCGAGCAAGUGCAGUGGCGCCACGUUCCGCACUGAUAGACGCGACCCAGGCUCUGACAAACAGGGUCAACAGCCUCGAUCUCAGAGCCAAGAUAGAAACAAAGGUGUCUGUGUAUUUCUCAUCAAGAAAUAAAAAAUGUUAUAACAAUGUCGUAGAAAGGAUAGCGGAUGAACUUCGGAGACUAGAACAACAACAGUCAACGCUCGGGAUAUCCUGCCGAACAAAUAAUCCCAAACAAAGCAAGAGUAAAUUGCUGAAGAUAAAACAACAGCAGGACAGGUCUGAGAGAUCGUCUAGAGAAAGCACGGCAAGUAGCAGGAAAGAUGAUAAAGAUUGGUUGGAAAUUGUUUACAAAUACCUCAGCGAUCCACUAUUUGCAAAGUGCUUCUAUGUGUCUCGUAUGCCUUUAAAACCUGGAGUUUUAUAUCAGGUGCAAAUUAAGGGCACAGACUGGACAGGAAGACGGCUUCUUUGUGGUGUGAUACACAGAUGUUCCUCAUUUCAGGAAGAAGACAUAAAGUGUUCCAGACACAGAAUGUUGACUAAAGAAGACUACGUGGCGGGACUCAUGAUAGAUGCCACUCACAGCCUUCACUUUUACAUCGACGGUCAGAAGGUAGAGACAGUCACAGAAGACAUCCCACGACUCUGCCAUGCCGUGUUCUCUCUCAGCGACCUUUUCAAUUUAAAGAUUACUCCACUUCCUCCAGUAAAAAUAGAGUAAAGACGACCAUGUGUAACUACGUAAUAAUUAUAUUGUAUAUACAUAACAUCAUAUUCUGGUAUAUUCCAUUCUAUGGUUUGUCAAAAAACCAAAAGGCAUGACUGUAUACAUUUCCUAGUUUGUUAAUGUAAAUCAAAAAUAAAUAAGCAGCUAGCAAUAUAAACUCAAUCUUGUGCAGGUCUUUGAACAGAGGAAAAAGAAAAAAACAGCAUUGCAUUCUCUCUCUCUCUCACACAGACACACGAUCGCAUGCACACUCGUUGAGAAAUUCUCGAAGCAUCAAUCAACACAAAAUACUGUAACUACAAGAAAUUAUUCUGUGAGAAAAUAGCAACAAAAAAAAAUCUUUAGUAUAAUUUAUAUUGUUGAAGAAGUCUGGAAAGUCGUUGUGAUCGUUAAACUUUUGAUAAAGGGCGGUAUAAGCCUUGUGACUUUAUAUUCAACCUGGCCAAGUGAACCGCACGCGGGAGUCAAAGUUUAGAAAAUUCAUUAGCGGUUUAAUGUAUCAAAAUAAGUUUGUAUUAAAUGAUUCAUGAUAAUAACGUAAGUAGUGAUGGACAAGCAAGGAAGUCUAUGAUGGAACAGACAAGAAACAUAUUAGUACAUAACAAUACAGAGAUGUAUGCUUCUCGUCAGCUGCUUGGAGUCUGCAUGGACAAUUUUGGGGAAUUAUUAACUUCCACCCCAAGCCGAUGGUAGACCAGUUCCUGUCGCUUGUUGACACUUGUAGCAUUCCUUGACCACGUCUGCUCUUGCAAUAGAAAUCAUCGUUGAUUUUAUUAUGUAUCUCAAUGUACAGAUCAUAUUCUCAAAUGACCACAUUUUUCUUUCCUGAAUUUUAAAAACAUGAGCAAAUAAUGAAGCUUUCUCUGGAAAAAUUUGUUUGGGUUUAUUAAUUUAUUAACUGUUCAUAUAUACAUGUGUGUUUAUCAGGUGUAAGAUCAUUAUGUAAAUACCAGGAACUGCUUCAUCAGGAGCAGGUGUGCAAAUAAAUAGACGUGAUUAUUAAUAUUAGAGUGCUUUCACUGCACAAUCACAAAAAAUAUUUACCUAAUAUAUCCAAGUAAGUCGCUGACUACAAAUCACAGUAAUUGAUGUAUAUUUGAGAUAAGCUAACCCAUCUGACCUCUCGUAGCAUCAAACUACACCUCACACCUUUGCGUUUGGUGUCGAUUUUUUUUUUUUUUUUAUUUUGAGCUCCCAAAAAUGAAACAUUUCUGUCUCUUGCGACCAUAGACAAUAAAGAUGGAUUGUAUCAGUGACUCAGAACGCGAACACUUUCUCAUCAGCCCUCGCUAUUAUUUGUCUUAUCUCAACUAGAAUCUUUGUGUAAGUCUUUCUUGCCCAGGCAAUUUCUCACUCAGUCGUCAGUGUCACGUGGUGCAGCCUUAUCAUCCGGAAGUUAACCAGCGCCAGCAGUUCGUCCUGUUUGUGUAGCGCCUGGCGGACAAAGUGAUGGAUGUCGACACCGCCUCUUGAGUGUUUCUCUCGCCCUCCUCUAGACCCUCUUGUUCCUCUUCCUGUUUUUGUUGGAUUAUCACUAAGAUCAACAUCACAAAGUCCGAGUGAGCUCGUGCUAUAGUCACAACGGAAAUUUUCUCUCAACUUUGACCCAUAGGGUCACGGCAGAGAAAAAUUCUCUCGUACAGUCAGGCUACGUACUAGCGCCCUCUACAAUGUCUUACACAUAAACAUCAUUUAUUCAUCAACACGGUUAUAAUCCUGUUUUCACAUUUGUAAGGGUUAUGCUAAAAUAGAAAAUCAAGUUAAAAGCGACAAUGACUAUGAUUAUUUGUUCAUGUACAAUUUCUUGUCUGUUCUUAACGUACUUAUCUAUUUAUUGUACUUAGAUGGUAUGCUACUCUUAAUACAAAUAAAAUUAUUUUUGAGCUCUUUUGUGUAUUUGUGUGUGCCUGGUGACUGGUUGGAAUAGUUGCAAUAAAGGUAU